AUGGAGAGCAGUGCUGGGGGCAGGCGCCGGGCUGCGGCCAGCGCGCGCUCGCUGGCACGGCGCCUUCGGCGGAUGCGAAGGCAAGCCGAUGGCGAGACGCGGGCCUCGGCGCUCGCGGUGAGGACCGCCGCCAUCCGUCGCGCCCUGGCGGCGCACUGGCGGCUGGCGGGUCGCCUGGGCGGCCACGCUCCCACCUUCGGCGAGGUUGUUGCCGCGGGGCGGGUCCUGGGCAUCAGCGACGGCAUCCUGGAGGCAGCGGUCGAGGACCUGGAAUGGGGCAAUUGGGCCCGACACGCCGCGCCGCCUCGCGCGGCGAAGCUGCGGCCUGUGCCCCUGGAGGCUAUCUCGGUCGCGGAUGUCGAGCGGAAGCUGCAGAUGGCGGACGGCGGCGCCAGGCUGGACGCGGGGGCGGCCCCCUAUCAGCCGCGGCGGCCCCCAGGGGUCUGGGGAGCGCCAGUGCAGCAGCGGGAGGACGUGCUCCUGGAAGCUCUCGGCGUGACGCCCAGGGUGGAGGAGUGCGAGCAACACGCACCUGAGCGGAGCCUGACGGCGGAGCUUGGGGAGUCGGUGCAGGAGGCGUCCCCUUCCUUUCUCUUCUACGGGGGCUCGGCGCAGGAGCUGGUGGAGAAGGGCGUGGAGGAGCUGGAGAGCGAGGACGUGGCACGGAAGUGCGGCUGGCUGGCACCUGGCGUUUGGCAGGCGGAGAAUCUUGUGGCGGAGGUUCAGGCCUUCACGGGAGGCUUCGCAGCCGGGUGGCGUUUGGGCGAGCUGGCGGCGCUGGAGGCCGAGCGGGCCGAUGAGGACGCGCAGCUCGAGAGCAUCGCGCGGCUGGAGGACGCCUGGGAGCUUGCCAAGGCGCGCAACGUGGCGCUGGAGGAGCAGCUGGCAGGCAGGCGUCGGGCCAUAGCAGCCACCAUCGACGGCGAGCUCGGGACGGGCACUGCCGCGGCGGUUGCAGGCGCCGCAGUCGCGACCUACCUGGAGGAGUUCCCCUCGGCCCUGCUGCGCGGGGGCGGCGAGGGGGAGGCGUCCCAGGAGACGGAGGAGAAGGAGGGGAUCCUGGGGCACGAGGUGGCGGAGCUCGAGGCGCAGGGCGUCGAGGGCUUCGUGGCGCCUGAAGGCCACAGCACCGACGAGCCGAAGGAGCGGUGCCUGCUGACGGGCGAGGUGCUGCAGGGACCGAGGUGGACGCCGACGGACCUGCCGCCCGACCCUGGGGGGGGUCUCCUGUUCGGCGAUCCCGACGCGCGAGGUCGGAGGCGCCGUGCAGACAAGAACAAGAGUGCGGAGCCCUGA